AUGGCCUUCUGGUGUGUCAGCCACUUUGCCCAGCUUUCUAUCAUCAGCAAACUUGCUGUGGGUGCAUACUGUCUGUUCAUUCAGGACACUAAUGAAGAUGUCGAGAAAGAACACCGAUCUCCUUCCUUGGGGAAAGAUAGAGCAGACACAGUGAUCAUUGGAGGCGGCUGUGUUGGUGUUAGUCUAGCCUAUCACUUGGCUAAGGCUGGCUUAAAGGAUGUCGUUCUACUGGAAAAAUCUGAGCUCACUGCGGGAUCUACUUGGCACGCAGCUGGCUUAACUACUUAUUUUCACCCUGGAAUAAACUUGAAGAAGAUCCAUGCUUACAGCAUCAAACUCUAUGAAAAGCUGGAAGAAGAGACUGGACAGGCUGUGGGGUUUCACCAGCCUGGCAGCAUCAGAAUUGCGUCAACCCCUACUAGGGUGGAUGAAUUCAAAUACCAAAUGACUCGAGCUGGUUGGCAUCCAACAGAGCAGUACCUGAUUACACCUGAGAAAGUGCAAGAGCUAUUCCCCUUAUUGAACAUGGAUAAGGUUUUAGCAGGCCUGUAUAACCCUGGAGAUGGUCACAUAGAUCCCUAUUCUCUGACAAUGGCUUUGGCUGCGGGAGCCAGAAAAUACGGUGCCCAAUUAAAUUACCCAGUCCAAGUGACUAACCUAAACUCUCGAUCAGAUGGGACAUGGGAGGUUGAAACUCCACUUGGGAUAAUUCAAGCGAAGAGAAUCGUCAAUACUGCAGGAUUUUGGGCCCGUGAAAUAGGCAAAAUGAUUGGCCUGCAGCACCCUGUCAUACCUGUCCAUCAUCAGUAUGUUGUGACAUCAACUGUCCCUGAAGUGAAAGCCCUAAAAACAGAAUUGCCUGUGAUUCGUGACUUAGAAGGAUCAUAUUAUCUAAGGCAAGAAAGAGACGGUCUUUUAUUUGGUCCAUAUGAAAGUCAGGAGAAGAUGAAGCUGCAGGACUCUUGGGUAACAAAUGGAGUCCCACCAGGUUUUGGAAAAGAACUUUUUGAGUCUGAUUUAGACAGAAUAAUGGAAUACAUUGAGGCUGCUAUGGAAAUGGUUCCAGUUCUGAAACAAGCAAACAUCAUAAACACAGUUUCAGGUCCUAUCACUUAUUCUCCAGACAUUCUUCCUAUGGUGGGACCACAUCAAGGUGUCAGAAAUUACUGGGUAGCUAUUGGGUUUGGGUAUGGAAUUAUACAUGCUGGUGGCAUAGGGAAGUACCUGAGUGACUGGAUCCUUGAAGGGGAACCUCCGUUUGACCUGAUAGAAUUAGAUCCUAAUCGCUACGGGAAGUGGACCACUACAGAAUACACAGCAGCCAAAGCAAGAGAAUCUUAUGGUUUUAAUAACAUUAUUAUUUACCCUAAAGAAGAAAGAUUUGCUGGGAGACCAACAGAGAGGACUAGUGGGCUGUAUGAUUUGCUGAAAACAAAGUGUUCAAUGGGCUUUCAUGCAGGAUGGGAACAACCUCAUUGGUUCUACAAAGCUGGAGAUGAGACUGGAUACAAACCCAGUUUUCGGCGCACAAAUUGGUUUGACCCAGUGGGCCGUGAGUAUAAACAGGUUAUGGAAAAAGUUGGUGUGAUUGACCUGUCACCAUUUGGCAAGUUUAAAGUGAAAGGCACUGAUUCUGUUAAGCUGCUGGAUCAUCUGUUUGCAAAUGUUGUUCCAAAGGUUGGUUCCACAAAUAUAAGUCACAUGUUGACACCCAGAGGAAAAGUUUAUGCUGAGCUAACAGUGUCUCAACUGUAUCCAGGUGAAUUUAUGCUUGUAACAGGCUCAGGAUCAGAACUUCAUGAUCUAAGAUGGAUAGAAGAGGAGGUAGUGAGAGGUGGAUACAAAGUUGAAAUAGAAAACAUGACAGAUGAGAUGGGAGUACUUGGUGUAGCAGGUCCAUAUGCACGACAGGUCCUCCAGAAAUUGACAUCUGAGGAUCUGAGUGAUGAAUCAUUUAAAUUUCUCCAGUCUAGACAUUUGAAACUCUCCGAUAUUGCUGUUACUGCCAUAAGAAUAUCAUACACAGGUGAAUUGGGAUGGGAACUGUAUCAUAGAAAAGAAGACUCUGUAGCUCUUUACAAUGCAAUCAUGGAUGCUGGCCAAAAAGAGGGAAUUGACAACUUUGGAACAUAUGCUCUGAAUGCUUUAAGGCUAGAAAAGGGUUUCCGAGCCUGGGGGGCAGAGAUGAACUGUGACACUAAUCCCUUGGAAGCUGGACUAGAAUAUUUUGUAAAGCUAAACAAGCCAGCAGACUUUACAGGAAAGAAAACACUGAAGCAGAUUAAAGAAGAGGGACUCAAACGACGACUAGUAUAUCUCACCCUGGAAACAGAUGAUGUUGAUCCUGAGGGAAAUGAAAGUGUGUGGCAUAAUGGCAAGGUUAUUGGCAACACCACAUCUGGAAGUUUCAGCUACAGUGCCAAGCAGAGUCUGGCUUUUGCAUAUGUUCCCAUUGAGCUCAGCAAAGUUGGACAGAAGUUGGAAGUUGAACUUCUAGGAAAAAAUUAUUCAGCAACUAUUAUACAAGAGCCACUGGUGUUGACUGAGCCAACAAGAACACGCCUUCAGAGAAAGGGUCAAAGUCCCAAAAUAUAAACACAGAUGAGAACACAGGAAAUUGUGCAGUAUAUUGUGCAGUUCUUUUUAUAUGCAUGCAAUUAAGAGAAUUAAACUACUCAGGUUACUCAAUUACUGAACAUAAGAACCUCAUUGCCAUUCUUCACUGGGAAAUUUGAUGCCAUUGCCCCCUUGCUUCCUUGUAUGCAUUGUUCUGAGCACAGGUGAUGGACCAGUAUGUGUUCACUCUGUCAGUAACAGCUGAGAGCAGAAACUGGCUGGGUUUGAUUCAGCUUGCUCAGAUGCUGGCUGGCAGAUCUGAAUUCAGGUAGAGGAAGUAGUUGCUCUUAACACUGACUAAUAGCAAAUUCUUCCUUCAGCUGGAGACUCAUAGUUCCUCCUUUCUCUGUCCUUGGGGUAAAGUAGCUUAUCCUUAUAAGUGGUUAUGGCUUAACAAACUUAUCAAUAAAAUAAUAUCACUGUUCUGCACAGAAAUGCUCUCUAAAGAAUGGAAAUCUAUCCCAUGAAUCAUUACAAAGUAAUAAAGACAGUAUUAAAGGCAAACUGAAUUGCUUUUUUUUUUCCCCUCAAUGUAUCACUGGCAGAAAUGAUCAAAAUCUUCUUCUUAAUGCAAUAGUUACAGGAAACGUUCAUCAUUAUUUCAUACAGAUGAGCUGGUAGAUAACGUGUACAUGUUAUUGCUCAGUCUCUGAAAGGAAAUUAAAAUACUGUCUGAAGCAUUCACUGGUCUAAAUAUGAAAAAAAACCAAAAACCUUCAGGUGAAUUAUUGAUGAGAGACAGGUGACGAAGAAAUAAAACCACUCCACAUUGCCAUUUCUGCUUCUAUGUCUCUGCUUUGAGCGGGAGAUGCGAGCGGUCACCCCACCGUCUGAUCCAGGUCCACUACAGCUGCGGGCUGCUCUCUCUGCCUCUUUCUCUCUGCCAGAAUCCCCAAAUAACUGUCACAACGAGCCUGCCCAUCUCUCACCUAGCUGGACUUCAUUAGGAUGGACAUUCCUCUUGGAAUUGCCUGCUAUAAAUGCACACACUUGUCCGCCCAGGCAACUUUUACGGCAGCUGCAAAGCCGGAGGGAAAGCAACAGAUCAGUGCAACGUCUCUUGUUAAAAGGAGGUGGGGGUUAGAGUUGCAGCCUAGUUGGGAGGCAGCAUCUCAACCUGCAGGAGUCUCCCAGGGCACAGACCUGUGAGUUGCUUUGCAGUUUUGUUUUGGCGUGCCACUGAAGAUCUUCUAUUCCUCCUUUUCCUGUUAAUUGUAGACUGAGCAGUGGUUAAAACAUUGUUAAACAGAAAUAUUGAUGAUGAAAAAAUUGUAAUCCACAGGAGAUGAGGUUCUUAUAUUUGAUAAGCCAAGUAAGUAGGAUUGGGAUAAUGUAAACAGUGGAAAUACACUGAAUUAUUAAAACACAUUUCUGAAUUCCAUAAUAUUCUCACCAGUUCUUUUGAAUUAAAACGUCAUAUGAUUUCCAGCACUCACCUGUAGGCUAUAGACAAACAUUUUUGAAGUUCACAUGACUGUAAAUAAUACUCAACAUGAUUUUUUCCCCAAGUGCUUUAUCUAAAUCUUUCUCAAAGAAGGAAAUAUAUCAGGAGAAACACAAUUUGAGUAGUGAACAUUUACACUUAUUAAAAGAUUUAUUCCACACGUUGUGUUGUUCCAAAUCUCUUUAAAAGAAAAGAUC